UUCGUCCAAGAUUGGCAUCACUGCAUGGAUUUUGAGGAUUGUAAAAGCAUGUGCAUCACACCACCAAAUAUCAAUAGUUAUAUCCCAGAAGCGUUCAGUUUUCUGAGCGAAACGCAUUUCCGCACCCUUCCCUGCAAAGCUUCCGGAUCAACAUAAUAGCUUACAUCAUUUUUGGGGAAUAGAUUUUGAAACUGUUCAAAUUCGAACGGCAAUACUUACAUCAUUUGCGAGGUGUUUUGCUUCACAUAUUAUCCCAAUCAUUUAUUCUCUCUCAGACACAAUCUAUUCGGAGUGCAUCAGUCUUGGAGACGAUAUUGCCCUCAACUGUGACGAUUUCCAUACAGGAAAGCGCACUGAAGUUUUAAUAUUCAACACGACAACUGUUGCCACAGCGUAGAACAGCGUUUUUGAAGUUUCCACAGAUGAUACUCUGACGAAGCAGAGGCUACAUUUGUUGAAGAGAACAGCUAGAGCCGGCCAACCACCUAAGCAUUUUUAAUAUGUGCGUCUGUGUGUGUGUGGGUACAUCAUAUAGCUACAAACAAACACGAAAAUUUAGGGGGUUCGACCAACGUCGCCAGCUAAGCAAGAUGGUGGUUUAAUCCAUUUGGGUUUUUAUGUCGCAUCGAGUGUUCAGAGAUUUUCAAAUUAUGCGCAUUUUCAAUGGCGACAUCUUCUACUUCAAGUCGAGAUCCAAACCCACUGGCACUGACAACAUUUCGGCCAACAGCCACAAAACGCAUGCAUAUUUAUGGAAAGAACAACACACUCUGCGUCAGACACGUCAAAGUAGAAAUACCAACAAACUUUCCAACACAAUACCGAUUUGUGUAUGUCCGACCAAACCACGCUGCUUGGCAUCAGGGGCGAUGGAAGCAGGACUAAGUGGGUGCCAUAAUAGAUGUGUGCUGUAGGUAAAAACAGAUCCUCCUUCUUCGUAUGCCGCGCCGGCUUUUUUUUUUGGUGUUGGAACAACUGCGAUCAGCAAUUGGGCCCCUUCCCUUUGAACAUUAACUCUGCGCUGCGGCAGGGUUCGCUGGUGAUUACUGACAUAGCCUGGGAUCAAGCCAUCACGAAUGCUUCCAAGCAGUGCUUGGUAACUUGGGAGGUCUCCGGAGGCGGUCUAAUGGGCAACCUAUUGACUGAUUCCUCUACUGUUGAAUUAUCCCUCUGGUCAGAUACGGUCUAUCACGUACAAGUUACGUGCAAACAUAAGGAAACGGGAGGUAUGCGUCGUUCAUUCAAAUUGAUCGUCGAUACCCACAAAUUGGGCGAUAGAUCUGCCACAAGUGUGCAGGCCAUCUCAAUGGACAGUCAGUUCGACAGUCAAUAUCUGACACCCGGCUACGGCGAUGAAAAUAUCCCACCAUCUCCCAGUGAAACAGAGUCGAGGAUGCGCAUUCUGAAGGAUAGUUCCAAGGACUUCUUGGCCCCCUACAAUCCAAGCAUCGCCACUAAGACGAAAACUUGGAAGAACGCAGAUCAAAGAAUGACAGUUGACGACGAUGUGAAGGACGGACUUAAAUAUCGCGAUAGUGUGCUGCGUACCAAAUUAGUCGGAGCACCGGCGAGUGCGGACUCGUUGAGCUUGGCGCAAAACUCUGUUAUUGUCGCCCUGAUGGGGUCUUCCAUUUUGUUUAUGGCUGUGGUAAUAAUUUUUUUAAUGAUGCGCCCAGCGCGGAAACAAGUACCUGCUGUUGCAACUGCCAAUGACAAACAGGUUCUAAUACACACGGAAAUCCGUCCAUCCCCACAGAAAGCGCAGCCAGCACCAGUGCAUCGACACACACCAAGCGCACUAAUAACGACAUCGUUGUCGCCAGCAGACCAGAGCCCAGCGCUGCACGUAUAAGCAUGGGAAGAUGUCGCUAAUAUGAACUGUAAAUAUAUGUAAAUAUGAUAUGCGAUCUUCGCGUGUAAAUACAUACCCAAUAAGUCCAGUGUACAUAGACACAUGCUUCCCCAUCGUUGAAGGCGAGAUGCGCGUAAUGCUGAUGCUUGGUGGACAACUCAAAAUGUUCGUGUUACCUGAUAACGCCCACUCCAACGCGAUUACUUUUAGCUUUUGUUGAUUUAUUUUAAGCGUAGCCUUCGUAGAAUUCAGGAUAGGUUUUGGCCCUCAGACCUCAGCGGAGGGUUGGGCCAGGACUCUGAGUGUAACUAGAUAAUAAGACUUCUAGUCCAGUUGGUGUGAAUGUGAUCGAGUGUGAGAGUCUGUUUGGCUGAGUGCGUGAUUGUGGUUUUGUUUAUAUCUAAGGAACCUCUGCUUUGGAGGGAUUUUUUUGUUCGCCACCCUGAAGUGGAGGUGAUGAGGGGAGGAAACUGAUUAAACUUCUUCACGUCAUCGAAUCUUCUUCUGCUUCUAAAAUUCUAAAGUCGCUUUGCUAGUAAUUUAAGCAUACUCAUAGUCUUCAAAUAAAUCAAAAGCAUCUUCCAGCUAUCUCAAGAAAUUUGAAACCAGACAAAAUAAUGGUAAUAUCAUAAGUAAUUCAGGUACACAUAAAUAUAUAUCCCUAUUGUAAAUACUGUCGUGGACAAAAGCGGCAAAUUGCUUCAGUUAAAACUGUAAACUUGAUUUCAAACUAGUGCUUAGUGUAACUUACAAUUAUCAGGAAACGGUAAUCACAUUCAACGAACUGUCUGCGUGUGUUCUGAAAACGACAAGCAAUCAUCCCCAUAUCAAAUAUUCUAUACUCGCAAUUCGUACUUAUUUUUAGGACAGGCAAACGGACGUUUAGUCCCUCGAAGAUUUAGAUCGGAGCGUGGAUUCGUUCGAAGACUGAGUCCUUACAGGCGACGCCAUCCCUCGUAACAUUUUAGAGACAUUGCCAAAUAUGUUUUUAAGUUUGCUUUCUUGUCCGUGGUAAGCGGGUCAAAGACGAAUCGCAAUUUGAUAAAAACGAUUACAGAUUACCUUUAGAAGCGUAACAGUAACUAACCAUACUUGUACUUGUAAUUCAUGUCUCAUCAGUGAAAACAAAUGUAAUUAGUAGUUAUAUUGUACCUAAUCAAAAUCUAAGUAUAAAUCAAUACAAAAGUAAUAUUUAAAUAUGAAAAGAACAAAUAAAUGAAAAAAAAAAUAUAAAUAAAAACAAUUAAAGUAAUCGGAA